UAUGGCGUCGGAUCAGAGAGCUUUUGCCAAAAAACUCAAUAAACAAGGUGCAGCUGAAGUGCGACGUCAGAUAUCGUCUGCUUAUCUCAAAGAUGGUUCAUUCAAGGAUGGAUCGUUCAACAAACACGAGAAAGAUAUUCCGAAGAGCAUCAGUGGUAUCUCACUUAGCAGUGCAUUGUCGCUUGCUGUUCCCAUCAACGAGGUAGUAAAGCCUAUAGACUAUGAAGACUUUGUCGUUCAGCACCAGACUUCGAUAGAGAAGGAUUCUAUGAGAGAAUUGCUGGAGUUUCCGCCAAAUGAUGUCGAGGUCAAACUCCUGCCAAAACAGUGUCGCACCAUUGCUCCCAUUAUUCCAGAACAUGGAUACGAGGCUGAUGCUCAUGUCCGUGACUGCAUCCAGUGCUAUACGUCGGACUACACCAUUGUAAACAGAAGGUAUCAGAUAUACAGCUCCAGCUACGGCGGUAAAGACAGACAGGAUGAAAAGAACGCAGUCCUCAAGUCGAUCCCACGGCAAGAAUUUGAGAUCGACCACGACGACAUUCUUGAAAAGGACCCGGAGAAAAAUGGGGAGGAAACUUCAUGUAAUGGAAGGAAGUCCAUCAAUAUGAAUGAUACACCUCGUAGUAGCUGGGCCAGUAGCAUAUUUGAUUUGAAGAACUCCCAGGCUGAUCCACUCCUGCCGAAUCUACUUGAACGGAUCAUCCCUGAGGAAAUCGAUACGGCAAAUGCUGAGGAGCGGAUGAAAGAUCGACAGGAUGCUCUCCUCUGCUUAUUUCCAUUGCAAGAAGAGGAAGAGAUGAUUGAAAAGCGCCCGUUAGCAGAUAUUCCUGCUGAACAUUUUGGUCACAGAGUCCUUGUGAAGUGUCUACAAGUAAAAUUUGAUUUGGAAAUCGAGCCGAUAUUUGCCAGCAUGGCCGUGUAUGAUGCCAAGGAGAGGAAGAAGGUGUCUGAGAAUUUCUACUUCGAUCUAAACCCUGAAUAUCUGAAGAAGAUGCUGGAUACACAUGUGCCGUACCAAGACGUUUCAACCCUGAGCCGAUCGUGUGUGUUCAGUAUCACCUACCCAUCACCCGACCUCUUCCUUGUUGUCCGGUAUGAGAAAGUGCUCCAACAAGGUGACAUCAGCGAGUGUGCAGAGCCGUAUAUGAAAGAUGAGAAGAACAAAGAGAAAAUCAGAGCGAACGCUGCCUACUUCUGUGAUAAGCUUGGCAAAUAUAGGAUGCCGUUUGCGUGGACUGCUAUCCAUCUGCUGAAUGUGAUCACUGGGACGACGAGCAUGGAGAGAGAAGCUAGUACGGAUCGCACUGAGGCUGGAAGCACAAAUAGUUUAGACCGCAGAUCCAGUCUCAUUGAGAAACAAUUAGAAAACUUUCGCAAGAGAUCGAAGGUCCCUGGUGAUGAGAAUCUCUCACGACGCGGUUCUUUCGACCGUGCUAGAAACGGCGAAAAGAGGAGGAGCUGGUCUCCAGAUGAAAACACCAACCCGCUGGAAAACUUCCGCCCUGUGACGAUUACGGUGUCGAGUUUCUUCAAACAGGAGAAUGAGAAACUGAGUGACGAUGACCUGUAUAAGUUCCUUGCUGAUUUGAAGAGACCGAUGUCUGUGCAGAAGAAGUUGAAAUGUAUACCAGGAACCCUGAAGCUGGAUAUCUCCCUUUGCCCAGACGAACCCAAGUACUGCCUCAGUCCAGAGUUGUACAAGAUCGACCCCUACCCGGAUGACAAGGGUCGGCCAACCAAAGAAAUCGUCGAGUUUCCCAGCCGGGAAGUCUACAUGCCAUGGACGACGUACAGGAAUAUUCUCUAUAUUUACCCAAAGUACCUGAAUUUUGGGAACCGGCAAGGUUCUGCAAGGAAUCUGGCCGUCAAGGUUCAGUUCUUGGCCGGAGAGGAGGAUAAGUCAGCGCUGCCAGUGAUUUUUGGGAAGUCUGGUUGCCCAGAAUUGACCAAGGAGGCUUAUUCAGCUGUUACUUAUCAUAAUAAGACGCCUGAUUUCUAUGAAGAAGUAAAGAUCAAACUGCCAGGACGUCUGUGUAGCUCGCACCACCUCUUGUUUACGUUCUACCACAUCAGCUGCCAGAAGAAGAUGGAGCAGACGCCCAUUGAACUCCCCGUCGGGUACACCUGGCUGCAGAUCAUGAAGGACAACCGCCUCGCUGUCGGGGAGUUCAACCUGCCAGUCCUACAGGAGAAACCACCUAGCAAUUAUUCAGUCCUCCACCCAGAUGUUGAGCUUCCUGGCAUGAAGUGGGUCGAUGGACAUAAGCCUGUGUUUACCGUCGAUAUCCAGGCUGUUUCUUCCAUUCACACACAGGAUGAACAUUUGGAUUGCUUCCUCAACUAUUGCCACAUGGCUGAAGAAUUCAAAGUUCCACCGAGGAUCGGCCCAGACCAGUUUGAACACGAGUUCAAGAGACACAUUAACGAUAUUGUCAAUGCAAAGGGGGAGCCAUUGGUCAAGUUCUUGUCGUUGAUAUUUGAGAAGUUGAUUCUGUUGAUGGUGCGCCCACCUGUCGUAGCAGGACAAGUCCUGAAUGUUGCACAGACGUGUUUUGAGUCGAUCGCGCAGAUCGUUCGACGAAUCACUAACCUGUUAGAUGAGAAGAAUGACCAGCAUGGAAGGAACAGUCUCCUCACUACCUAUAUCCAUUACUCCUGUGCCCUGCCGAGUCCAGACUCGGAGAUGUCACCGCAGGAGAUUUUCUCGCAUGCGCUCGAUUGCUCCGGACCGGAAGUGAUGUCAUUGAGAAUCAAAUCGUCGACAGCCCUGUCACCCUCCUCUACAAGUCCCGUUGCAUUGAAUCAGUACGCCACCCUCGGUCGGCCCGUUACACUACCAAUGCAGAACAAAAUAUACCAGCGUAGUAACAGUGACACUGACUUAAACAACACUAGCAACCCGACAACACCGGAGAAUGAGCAUGGGGGUUUCUUUGGAGGAAAAACUGGGAGUCCUCAGAAUUCAAGAUAUGACUCAGCAGUGCCCUACUACCAGAAGAUGAAAAAGGUGUCUGAGCGGGUAAUGUCUAAAUGUUCGGACAGGCUUGUCCACGAGGAGAUCGCACUGCUGUGGGUGAUGUCCAAUGGUACGCAGAGGCAACUCUCGCUCGAGAAUGCUUGGUUUUUCUUUGAGAUCAUGACCAAGAGCAUGGCCGAACACUUGGACCGAUAUCACAAGUUAGAUGCCCCAAGGAAGUCACGCUUCUCUCAACGAUUCAUAGAGGACAUCACAGGUCUUAUUGGCAUGAUCACAAAAGACAUCGUGGACAGAUACUUAAAGGACCCGCUGUUCAUCCGUAACCUCAACACUGCCCUAGCUUUCUUCCUCCAUGACAUGCUCUCCCUGAUGGACCGAGGCUACGUCUUCCAACUCAUCAAGGACUACUGCAAAAUUGUUUCUGCCAAAGUCACGACCCUUGGUGAUGCUACCACUCUGGAACUCCUCAAACUAGACUUCCUACGUAUUGUCUGCAGUCACGAACACUAUGUCACGCUAAACCUGCCAAUUGCAUCAAUCGCUGCAUCAGCGCCAUCUAGUCCAACACCGAGUAUCGCCAGCACAACAUCUCAGCAGUCCUACACAUCGACGGCUACCACAUUCAUCCAACAAGAUCGGAGCGUGUUCACAGAGCUCAGCACUGAGUUCAGACAUCAGCAUUUCCUUGUGGGACUUAUACUCUGUGAUCUCGCCGCAUCAUUUGAAUCUCACAACAACACAGUGCACAACAAGGCCAUCAACGUCAUCAGGAACCUCCUGACGAGCCAUGACAUGGAUCCGCGUUACUCUGAUCCAGAGGUAAAGGCCAGGGUAGCCAUGUUGUAUCUCCCUCUCAUCAACAUCGUCAUCGACGCUUUGCCGCAGCUUUACGAUCCCAACCAGGAAGGGAAGCCACGGAGUGGGCCGUCGUCAUUCUUCGAUGAUGAAAGAGGAAUUGAUCGUGAUGUAGCCAUGGCAAUAGCAGGAGCUCCUGUCUCUGGUACGGGGGGUGUACCAAGUAUGCCGUCUUCCAGCCAUGGAGCGGGUGAUGUCAGUCCUGACUAUGACUAUCAGAAGCGCCGUACGGUUCUAACAGCGGAAGGCACCCGGAGUUUACUCAUGUGCUUCCAGUGGGUCUUGAAGAAUAUCGACACUCAGUUCCUUCGACAUUGGUGGUCAGAUAUGCCGCUCACCAAACUCAACCAGAUUCUCGAGGUGCUCUAUCUGACCAUCUAUAACUUCGAAUACAAGGGCCAACAUGAAGUAUCUAGACAUUCAUCACUACAAAUGAAAUUUUCACGGGGCAAAAUGAAUUUUCACGCACUUCCCCCCGUGCCCUUACCCAGGCAACAUUCAGUGGAAGAGGUGUUGACACCUACAAAGCGGUCGUUCAGCCUUCGACGUUCGUCGUCCUAUGCGUCCCUUCAUGGCGACGACCCUGGCCAGGCGAAGAAAGCAAUCAAGCAGUGCUCUGCCCAGACAAUCAAGAAGAGUUCGGAUAUGAAGUCAAAGCUGGAGGAGGCGAUCCUCGGGUUCGGGAGCGCUAGGAGCGAGAUGAUGAUGAGAAGGAACAAGUCACAGACACAGUUUUAUGCUAUGGCUACCCCGCCGUCACCGGUGACCGACCUGAACCGCCUGAGGUGGAGGAAGGAGCAGACGGCCUGGAAGCAACAGUCAGAUCAUCCAGACAGACAAAAAUCCGAAAUGGAAAUAGAUGCGCAUGUGGAGGGUAACCUGGCCACGGAGGUAGCAAUGGUCUGCAUCGACACGAUCGACCUGAUCAUCCAGAUAGUGCAAGGUUCGGACUCGCUCCAGGCGGUGCUGAGUAGCGUGCUGAGGGUGCUAUUACACAGUAUGGCCCUCAAUCAGAGCUCAGCGGUCCUGCAGCACAUGUUUGCGGUGGAGCGGUCACUGGUCUCUAAGUUUCCGGAGUUACUCUUUGAGGAGGAGACAGAGCAGUGUGCGGACCUCUGUCUUCAGCUACUCAAGCACUGUAGUUCAUGUAUCGGGAACACACGCUCACACGCCAGUGCUUCACUCUACCUCCUAAUGAGACAAAACUUUGAGAUCGGAAAUAACUUUGCGCGGGUGAAGAUGCAAGUGACGAUGGCGUUGAGUCGACUCGUCGGAAAGUCACAGUCAUUCAAUGAGGAAUACUUGAGGAAGUCACUUAAGACUAUCCUGACGUAUGCUGAGGCAGACUGUGAGUUACAGGAGACAACCUUCCCUGAACAGGUGCGUGACCUGAUCUUCAACCUUCACAUGAUCCUCUCGGACACUGUCAAGAUGAAGGAGUUCCAGGAGGACCCCGAGAUGCUGAUCGACCUCAUGUACAGGAUCGCUAAGGGCUACCAGAACUCGCCUGACCUCAGGCUCACGUGGCUACAGAAUAUGGCGGGCAAACACAGCGAGCGGAGUAACCAUGCUGAGGCAGCGCAGUGUCUGAUCCACGCGGCAGGUCUGGUGGGGGAAUAUCUCAACAUGUUGGAAGAUAAACCUCAUCUUCCAGUCGGGUGUGUCUCCUUCCAGAACAUCUCAUCUAACGUGCUGGAGGAGAGUGCUGUGUCUGAUGAUGUGGUGUCACCUGAUGGUGAGGGCAUCUGCACCGGCAAAUACUUCACGGAAUCUGGAAUGAUUGGGUUACUGGAACAGGCUGCCAGUUCAUUCAAUAUGGCUGGCAUGUAUGAGUCCCUGAAUGAAGUGUACAAGGUGCUUCUCCCCAUCCAUGAGGCGAAUAGAGAUUACAAGAGACUGGCGAUCAUUCACGGGAAACUACAGGAAGCCUUCAACAAUGUCAUUAGACAGGAAGGAAAGAGGAUGUUUGGGACGUAUUUCCGUGUUGGUUUCUAUGGAGAGAAGUUUGGUGACUUGGAUGCCCAGGAGUUUAUAUACAAGGAACCCUCAAUCACAAAACUGCCUGAAAUCUCACACAGAUUGGAGAAUUUCUACAGCGAGAGAUUCGGUGAGGAGAACCUGAAGAUGAUCAAGGAUUCGAACACCGUUGAGCGAGACAAGCAGGAGGCGGGCAAGGCCUACAUUCAGAUCACUUAUGUCGAACCGUACUUUGAUGCCUAUGAGAGACUACAGAGGCAUACCUACUUUCAUAUGAAUUAUAACAUUAAGAGCUUUAUGUAUGCGACCCCAUUCACCCUUGAUGGCCGAGCACAUGGAGAGCUCAGAGAGCAGUACAAGAGGAAAACGAUCUUGACAACGGCCCAGGCAUUCCCCUACAUUAGGACAAGGCUCCCAGUGAUCAGCAGAGAACAGAUCAUUCUAUCACCGAUAGAAGUGGCUAUAGAAGAUGUGCAGAAAAAGACGCGUGAAAUGAACAUUGCACUGACGCAGGAUCCGAUUGACCCCAAGAUUCUCCAGAUGGUGCUACAGGGGUGUAUAGGUACGACGGUCAACCAGGGCCCUGUCGAGAUCGCAGCAGUCUUCCUGGCAGAGCUGGCUGAGGGCCGUGUGCCGGCCAAUCGUCACCACAACAAACUCAGGAUUUGUUUCAAGGAUUUCCUCAGGAAAUGUUCCAUUGCCCUUCAAAGGAACAAGGAGAUGAUCGGGUCAAACCAGCGUGAGUACCAGCGUGAAUUGGAGCGGAACUACAACAGUGUGAAGGAGAAACUACAGCCCAUGAUCGCAUCGAGUGUGGCCAUGCAGACGUUGAAGAGAGGAAAACACUGCCAUCGAAGCAUAUCUGCUGCCUUCGAGGCCGCAGAAAAAGAAAAACUAUGCACCGCGAUUAGAGAUAAACAGGCAGCUGAUGAGGCGGAAAAACUCAACGACAAUGCUAAAUGUUUGAAUGCGUUGGGCGCAGAUUCAAACCUGCCACCUAUUGACGCCGAUGGACAGUCGAAAUAGCGAAAGCUCGCACGGAUCUCAUGGCAAUAAAAAGAGACAUCACUCUUCCCACCAAUCUCAAUGCUGAGAGACAGCGCUCGGGCAUUGCUUUAUGAGGACGCGUUAUGACCAUGAUGUAAGGGUCAAAGGUCAACAUCCCUUCAGGACUGACAGGAAAAGAUUGACCGAGAUUUUGAGAUUUGAUAAGGUGGUGAUAUAAGUCUUGCUGUGAAAUGAUAGGAAGUGCAGUGAAGUUUGAAUUUUUGUAUAAACUGCUUGAGGAACCUGAGAAAGAAAAGAUUUCUCACUAAUUUUGUUCAUGGUGUGACCCAUUGUCACGAGAAUGAAAUUUCACCCGGUCAUCUGUACUAGUACUGGGCAUUUUGAGUGGCACAUGUGUGAGAGUAUGACACUCUGCCUUGGAUACGAUAAGAAAUCAGAAUUUGAAUCCAAGCUGAUUUUAACCAGGAGUCGCACAAAAUUUGUUUUGUUUAUAAUGUUCAUAGCCAAAAUAUAGUGGUGCUAUAAUCUCAUGUGAGCUCUUCUGUCACCUGUUCAUGCCAAGUGUAAAUAUGGAUCUUUGAAGAAGUGUCAAAAUAUUCAGCUGAGUGUCUCGAUGUCAUGUCAGUCCCGGCACUUGUGGUCAUCACUGUGUUUCAGAAUUUCAUCCCAAAAUGUGCACAAAGAGUUUGUAGAAUGUUUCUGACUGUCUUCUGAUUACAUCUCAAAUCGCCUUCUGUACAUGUACAUAUUCUAACUUAGUGACAGACUGUCAUUAUUUUGAGAGUGUGAGACACUGCUCCAGUGAUUGCUUGAGUGAUAAGGAGAGAUUAGAAUCUCAGCUAGGAGACUACACAUCUGUACACUGUGUACUCCUUCCGGUGCAGUAGUGUACUGUAAACUGAGUCAAGAGCUGUUGACACCUCCAGUUUGACAACACCUGCCUUGUAAUUAGAAUAACUAAAGUAGUGCUGCCAUCAAGUCACAACAGCUCUUGACUGAUUUCACAGUAAUGAGUUAUCGAAACUGUGACUGUGGACCAACAUCUCAUCACGGAGUAGUGAUACUCCAAGUAGCUAAACCUAAAAACUACUCUUCAUGGGCAGUUUAUGUGGAUAUGAUAGCAAGCUUGUAUUAAGUUUUAUUGAAUGGCUUUAUAACUGUACAUGAAUUGUAAAUUGUAUCUUAUUUGCACUUUUGCUGCUGCUGGUAAUCAUGAUGCAUUACUUUUAGCUGAGUAAAGUAUCUGUUUUGAAGGUCUAAGAGCUUAAUUAUUGUAAUUAAAAUUUAGUGUAAAGUAGGUUCAUAUGCAGUAAACGUACAUUUGCCUUAUUGUUUAUGAUCAUUAUCUUAGUUGGUAGUGACUAUAUAGUAGGAGUCCCAACUGUUAGUUUGAAUCACCAGACUAGUGAAGGGUUAACUUCAGUCAAUGCGUUGAUAAAUAAUGCUAUUCCCCUUGUUAUCCUUUGUGUAACGGUUUGAGUUUAUUCACCUGAGGUGCUGUUCUUUUCCAAACUGCCAUUUUGUAUUCAUAAAGACGUAAUCUCAAAUCCAGACAGAAGCCUAGGUGACUGAUGUAAGUUGUCUUGAUUUGACUCGAUGCUUGGUUUGUCUCAAAGACAUCACAUGGACAGUCAAUGGGCCGUUAUUCAAGUUUCUCUAUUUUUCAGUUUUAUUGAAAAAUUCGAUGUUUUAAGUGUCUGAAUUAAUAGAAAGCUAAAUAAAUC